CUCCUGGUCUAAUACCUUGUAGCGGCACCGCGAUGAUAUGUUCCGGCGAUGGUUAUUUGCUGGCGCGCCGAAUUGCUUUGACAAAGACUUCCUUCGGUACUAUUGAUGGGGACUCCUCUGAUACUGCCUCUCAGCCGGAUUUUCCCCUCCCUUUCACAGCCGUAAAAUGGCCUUCCUAGAUCAAGAGAUUUGAGCUCCGCGUUAGAAGAUUGAUGGUUCGGAGUUUUCUGGGGUUUCUAUGGACCACUUUCCGUGUGCGAGGAGAAACAUUCACGCUGUGUAUUGAACGAAGGAUGGGAUUUUCUUUCUGUGCGUCUGCAAUGAUCAGAUCACCUGCUUUACCGUAAAGGGAAUUUUCUCUUAGCCAUAUUUUACCUGCAGUGGAGUAAUUGAACAUUAUACGAGGACGAUGUAAGUAUAGCUGAGCUACCAACGACUAGAAUUUAAGACAAAAUGUCACUAAAGAUAAAUAAUUUAACUUAUUUUUUGCGUCCCUACCGGUUUCCUUUUUCUUUGUGAAACAUGCAUUGCUGACAUAAUCUUUUAAAAUCACCGGCCACUUUUCGUGUGUCAAAAGAAUUCCCGUGGAUAAAAGGCGAGUCACGAAUGUUCAGCAGCACUAACAACAGAUAACGCGUUGUGAAACGUGACGUGUCCGUGAGAUAUCCCAGCGAGCCAGCGAAGUGCUUUGAUAACCAUAUUUGAACAUUUCUGCAGAUAAGAGGCUGACUCUAAUGCACAUGGCAUGUACGGAUCUCGCCUGGGUUUGGCGUCAUUUGUAGUAAACAGUGUGGCCGCAGAGAGGCGUCGUUUCCCCGGCUUGUCGCGGUAGUACGGACGGGAGAGGGAGUAACGGGAGACCAGGACACGUUUCAGCAGACAUGGCGGUGGUGUUGCUGAUGCUAGCGUCAACUAUGGCGUUCUUCUCCACGUGUGCGUCGUCUUUGGACACCGUUACUAUAGGAGGACUGUUACAGAGAAAUGAGUCUCAGCGUGAAGACCUGGCAGUUCGGUACGCCAUCAACAACAUUAACUCCAUCAAAAGUCUCCUCCCCAGAACCAAGCUUAUCUCCAAUACACAGCAGGUCUCCAACACGAGUUUCACAGCAGCCAUGCAAGCAUGUAGCUUGUUAUCAACACCAGUGCCUGCAAUACUACAGACGUCAUCAGGACCGACAUUCUCUGCGCUCAGAUCGAUCAGCAGCCGCUUCAACGUUCCUGGGAUCGAGACUAGCUGGAUGGCAGAACGCGACGUUGAUUCGUUCUUGGUCAGCUUGUUCCCAGAGUCGUCACUUUUCGGCAGAGCGAUUGUGGACUUAGUGACCAAGAACGGUUGGGUGGAUGUGGCGUUAGUGUAUGAGGAUAACAAAGCCUUAGUUCGGCUACAGGAGCUCAUCAGUUUACCGGCCAGGCGACAACGCGUAAAGGUGAUCGUGUACCAGGUGGAAAAGGGCGACUCUCGGAACGUACUGAGGGAAAUACGGAAUUCGGGAACAACCGAGAUCGUCUUGGAUCUGAGCACGUCUACUUUGGAAACAUUCCUACAACAGGCCUCCGACCCAAAUAUGGAAAUGCUGAGCAAGUAUUACAAUUACAUCGUGACGUCACUGGACAUGGACAUAGUUCGACUCCCAGCUCACACGGAGGUUAACAUCACGUCAUUUACACUAAUGGAUAGAGGCCGGCCCCUGGUGAUGACUAUACUCAACAGAUGGAGUGACUGGCAAAACAGUACCAGCCUGGAUCCACUUAGACUGCCGACGUCGGUUGCUCUUGUUUAUGAUGCCGUCUACGUCAUCGCCCACGCUCUAUCCAGCCUUCAGAGAAAGACAAACAUCCGCCUGGACCCCAUUAUGUGUGAGCAGGGAAAUCCCUGGCCUCUCGGGAAGGCUUUCACAGCUCAGCUGAAGAAGGUCAGUAUCCAGGGUCUGUCCGGACCGAUUGGGUUUGACAAGAACGGCAGAAGGACCACCUUCCAACUGAACGUUAUCAACGUGCGAGAACAGUCCAAGGCACAAAGGCUUGGUUUUUGGACACCUGACAAAGGUCUGAACAUGACAGAAGAGAAGAAGGGCCGGGCAGUGUCUCCAGGGUCCCUCAGGAACCGGACUUUUGUUGUCACCACAAGAUUGGAGCCACCAUUUGUGAUGUUCAAGAGAGACUGGACAUCUGGAGGCGACAACCUGUUCGAAGGUUACUGCAUGGAUCUCCUAGACGAGCUGUCGAAGAUGCUGGGUUUUAAGUACAGGGUUUCCCUGGUGCCAGACGCCAACUACGGGUUUGAGAACGAAGACGGCGUGUGGGAUGGGAUGGUACGGGAGCUCAUGGAACGAAGAGCGGACCUGGCCGUUGCCCCCUUCACCAUAACCUCCAGUAGAGAAAAGGUCAUCGAUUUUUCCAAACCGUUCAUGAACGUCGGGAUCAGCAUCCUCUACAGAAAACCACAGACCGAAGACAGACUGUUCGCCUUCCUGUCGCCGCUGUCGUACGACAUCUGGCUGUACGUCCUACUAGCUUAUGUGGGCGUCAGUGGGGUGCUCUUCUUCGUAGCAAGAUUCACCCCAUAUGAGUGGAUUAGCAUCGACCCGUAUGAGUCUCUAGAUCUGCCUGCUAUGGAGGAGAAUCACUUCACUUUGAUGAACAGUCUGUGGUUCACUUUGGGUGCCUUAAUGCAGCAGGGUUCAGACAUGUGGUCACGGGCUGCUUCUACCAAGAUGGUGAUGGGUUCCUGGUGGUUCUUCAUGUUAAUUAUCAUCUCCUCCUACACGGCAAACCUGGCGGCCUUCCUGACCGUGGAGAGGAUGGUCAUACCGAUCGAGUCAGCAGAGGAUCUGGCCGCGCAAACACAGAUCCACUACGGCUGCCUCCAGGGAGGGACCACCAUGACAUUUUUCAAGCAGAACUCAAAAGUGCCAACCUACCAGAAGAUGUGGGCAUUCAUGAAUACGGUAGAGCCGAGUCCGUUCACCAAAACCGUGGAAGAGGGGAUCCUCAGAGUUCUCAAUGGAAACUACGCCUUUCUCCUAGAGUCUACUAUGAACGAGUACGUCAGAAGAAAAUCCUGCAACCUGACCCAGAUAGGUGGACCACUGGAUUCAAAGGGAUAUGGAAUAGGGACACCCAAUGGUUCACCGUUUACUGACGACAUCUCGAACGCAAUUCUGAGUCUCCAGGAGCAAGGCAGGCUGGAGGAACUCUACCGGAAAUGGUGGAAAGGGAGCUGUCCCGCCGAGGAGAAGGAUUGGUUCUUCAGCAGUCUCAACUGGGACCAGGUCGGUGGCAUCUUUAUAGUCCUAAUGGUGGGCCUGGCGUUGUCCACUGUCAUCGCAGUGCUCGAAGUCAUCGUCAAAUCGAAACAGGACGCUAAGAAAUUUGGGAGUACCAGAUGCCACGAACUCAUGAAAGGGCUGCGGCUUGCUGUCAACUGUAAGAAGGGAGAGCCCCUGAGUAGGUCGGGCAGUCUCCGCUGCAAGCCGCCCCCGGAUCUCACACCCUGCACGCACAACCUCGGCAGGCGGCCGUCCUUCAUCGUGCAUUCCAACGGCAACAUCGUCAGCAAGAAAGAGUCAGUGUUGUGAACCUAUUGAAGAAAUCCGGCAGCAGGCAAAAAGACAUGCUUGCAUAUUUUACAUAGAGGGCCCAUACCCCUUUAAAAAUCAACACUAAAGAUGGAAUGGUUUUAUGCUGCUAAUCUUGCAUCAUUUUCUUUCUACCAAGUUUUAUUUACUAGCGACAAGAGCAAAAAACGCCGACUCUGUCUUGUUGACGAAAUUAAAACUGUUACAAAUGUUGUGAUUUAAAACAUCACACAGGGAUGGAAUAGAAUUGUUUUUAUAGUAGUGUUGGUAUUUAGGAACAGAAUAAAACAUACUCUGUACUUUUGCCUUUGUCUAUAACAAUUACCUUCAGAACUAGGUCUCUGUUUAUGACUUUAUUUGACCAUAAAAUGUACUUUAUUCGAAAGAACAUGUUAAAGCUUAUGGCUCAGAUUGCAAUUAUUUUUGUAAAUGGUUGCAAGUGACUCAUGCAUUAUUAACAUUGCCUACUAAGAGACAUAUCAAGCUCACUGCUACGUAAUAUGUUACCGUUUUAUAAUUGACGGCCACAUAUUUGUUGAGUACAAUGUAUGAAAACAUAUUUGUUGAGUACAAUGUAUGAAAACAUAUUUGUUGAGGGCAAUGUAUGAAAACAUAUUUGUUGAGUACAAUGUAUGAAAACGGUGGAAUAGUACCAUGCUAUGCCUGGUUAAUUCAUUGUUUAUAUACGUUCAGAAGACUAAGCUGUCAGCUGAUUCGCACACAAAAACGUAGUAGUACAUUCAUUGAGCUGUUUGAGCUUCAUGUAACGUUAUUCAGUAUAUUGUUAGUUGAGGUUCAAUACCAGAAUCCCAAUCGAUACGCCUGGUCGUGUUGUUUACAAGUGUCUUAAACUGUAAAUAUUCAAAAGUUGAUAAAUAUGUAAGUAUUGACUAGGUAGGGCUACGUGUAUGUGCUCGGCCUUAGUGGUGGUGAGAAUAAAGGUCAAUGAUCUAGAA